AUGCAAAGCUGGUUGACCGCCCGUGGAAUUGACUUUAUCGGACAUGAAAACUGGCCCUCUUCUAGUCCAGACUUAAACCCACUGGAUUACAAGAUAUGGCAACGUUUGGAGAAGAAAGUCUGGGCUAAACCUCAUCAGAAUUCGGAAUCUCUCCAAGCAUCUUUGGCUAAAGCAGCGGCAGAAAUAGAUAUUAGUGUAGUGCGUGCUGUGAUUGAUGAUUGGCCGCGUCUAUUAAAGAUUAAAUGUAUUCAAAAGACGAGAGGACAUUUUGAAUAA